GAGUCACCUUCGGGGGCGGGGGCCGGAGAGGGGGCCGAGUGGGAUGGACGCGAGGGGCGAGGCGAGCGGAGUCUGGCUGGCGCACGGAAAACGAUGGGCGGCGGGGAGGAGCGAGCCCCGGAAGGCCAGGGUCUGUCCCCCGAGGAGCCGGAACACUCCUCCCCGAGCCGAGAGAGCUCAGCAUCGCCGCUCAGCGCUGCGGACGCCGCGACGACAUCGGAGACCCGGAGGCCCGACGAGGACAGUGCCGACACCUCCGUCCAGAGGGAUUCCACCCGUGAAUGGACACAGCAGGACGCCAUGACGUCAUCACAGGCGGAUAGCACGACCCCGAAAAUGGAAGGCGGCGUCGGACGCGGCGGUGACAAAAAACCCUGCCCCGUGCACGCGCCGGGCGCCGGCGACACCAAGCGGGGCUUCCGCAAGAGCCGGCAAAACGACUACGUGAAGAUCUCCAUGAAGGAGCCCGAGGGCAACCGCCUGCCGUCAGAGUGGUGGAAGACCACGCUUCUCUUCUUCUACGCCGGCCUCAGCCUGGUGCUGACCACCGUGGUCAUCACGGUGGUCCACGAGAGGGUUCCGCCCAAAGAGAGCAUCCCGCCGCUGCCCGACACCUUCUUUGAAUACAUCGACAGAGUCAAGUGGGCCUUCACCGUCACGGAGGUCAACGGCAUCGUGCUGGUUACCGUUUGGUUCCUGCAGCUCUUCUUCUUCAACUACAAGUCGAUCGUGUGCCGACGCUACUUCUUCCUCCUGGGUACUUUGUACUUGUACCGCUGCAUCACCAUGUACAUCACAAUCCUCCCCGUGCCCGGCAUGCACAUGACCUGCGCGCCCAAGCUCUACGGCGACUCCUACGCCAAGUUCCAGCGAAUUCUGAGGUUGAUUUCCGGCGCCGGCCUGUCCAUUACCAAGUCGCACAUCAUGUGCGGAGACUUUCUAUUCAGCGGCCACACCGUGAUGCUCAUCCUCACCUACCUGUUCAUCAAGGAAUACUCCCCUCGCUCGUUCUGGUGGUACCACCUGAUGUGCUGGCUGCUGAGUGCCGUGGGUGUGGUGUGCAUCCUGGUGGCGCACGAACACUACAGCGUGGACGUGGUGGUGGCCUACUUUGUCACCACGCGACUCUUCUGGUGGUACCACAGCAUGGCCAACACACAGUGUCAGUGUAACCAUAACAACUACCUCAGCAACGCCUGGUGGAACCCGGUCUUCAACUUCAUGGAGCAGAACGUGCACACGCCGGUGCCGCGCGUGUACGGCUGGCCCAUCACCUGGGCCCCCGCCUGCCUGAAGAACCCCUGUAAGAAAUACUCCAUGGUACAGAGCACACGUGAUGAGUGACAGACUCGAGCGGGGGUCGGGGGGGAUGUCUAACAAACGUGCCUAGAAGGAUAAUCACGCUUCCUCUUUUUUGCUGUUGUAAUUUAUUUAGCCGCCUAUUCGUCUGUUCCUUAUAUGUGUGUGCGUGUACAAGUACGUGUGCCAGCCUCCGGUACAGGGGUGGGGGAACCUCGAUCAUUUUACACAUUAAAAAAAAAUAUAUAUAUACAUUCACCCCACAAAUACUCAUAUCUAAUAAUAUAGAUUUGUUCGAAGGUUGCGUCAUGUUUUCCAUCGAUUCUGUGUCACGCCGAAUGGGGGGAAAAAGGUUUCCCCACUUCUGUUCCAGGACGUUUUAGAAGCAUUUAUGGCAACUUAACGUUCCGAAAUUAAAUUCCAAAUGUAUUCUUUUUAAAAAAAAAUAAUAAUAAUAAUUCAAUGAGCGGACCUCACAGUCACUGUCACAAGGUGCCUUAUUGCGGUGUUACCCAACCAGCCACAGCACCCAAAAAAAAAAAAAAAAGUCAUAAAAAGUAAUUAUAUUGUUAUAAUGAUGAUGGGGGAUGGUAGUAAUUGUUCUGGCAUAGAUGGAGUAGAUAAACAAAGCUAUAUUACUUGUCGUCAAUAAAUAAUCAUUUUCAGACCAAUUACGUGCAAUUGC